AUGUCCUGCUCCAGCCUGUGCGUCCCUUCCUGUGGGGUGGCCGCCCCAUGCCCGCUGGCUGACACCACCAACGAGCCCUGCGUGCGUCAGUGCCAGAGCUCCUCGGUGGUGAUCCAGCCCCCAGCCACGGUGGUCACCUUCCCCGGACCCAUCCUCAGCUCCUUCCCACAGCACAGCGCUGUGGGCUCAGCGGGAGUCCCUGCCAUUGCUGGGGGCUAUGGUGGGAGUUUUGGUGGCUAUGGUGGACUUGGUGGAUACGGGGGCUAUGGAGGCUAUGGAGGCCUUGGUGGCUACGGUGGCUUUGGGGGCUGCGGAUAUGGUGGCUGGGGCAGAGGCCUCCUGUCCUUUGGUGCCAGCUGUGGGAGCUGCUAA